AUGGGCUCUACGUUCUCCGCACUUUGUCCCCUCGUCGAGUUCUAUGACUCCGAGGAUUUCGACAGCAUUUACGAGGUGGAUGACGGCAAUUGCAUCGGUACUGGCAAGUUUGCCGUGGUUCACAUGUGCAAUCGCAAAAACCAGCCUGAAAAGAAGUAUGCGCUGAAAGUCAUAAACACUCGUGUUGGUGAUAUGGCCAGCUUGAAUAGAAUUCACGAGGAGAUCAGCAUCCUCCAAACUCUUGGAAAUCAUCCAGGCCUUGUGUCUCUGAUCGAUGUGGACGAGUCUCUACCUGGAGCCAUCCGUUUGGUGCUGGAGCUUUGUGAAGGUGGUGAGCUAUACGACCGCAUUCAACAGAAGCAGUACUACCCAGAACAGGAGGCCAAAGCUGCCGUUCGAUGUCUGCUUGAAGCGGUGGCCUACAUUCACAGCCACGGCAUCAUGCACAGGGAUUUGAAGCCCGAAAACAUCUUGCUGGCCAGUCGAGUCAGCAACACGGAGCUGAAGAUCUCUGACUUUGGGCUGGCAAAGAUGUCCAAGGACUACCCUCGCCGCUUGCCACGGUCUCACUCAAUCUGCGGUUCGGACUUUUACUUGGCCCCAGAGGUGAUCAAGCAAGAGGAGUAUGGCAGAGAGAUCGACAUUUGGGCGCUCGGAGUCAUCACUUACGUCUUGCUCAGUGGAUCCUUGCCCUUCUUUCACAACGUCCUGCACAAGCUGUACCGCCAGAUCGUGGAAAGAGACCUGUCCUUCCCAGAUCAGGCGUGGAAAAAUGUUUCCAAGGGUGCCUUGGACUUUAUCUUGAGGCUACUGCAGGUUCGGCCUGGGGAUCGACUCACGGCAGACCAGGCGCUGAGCCACCCGUGGCUUCGAAAUGGUUCCAGUGCGGCAAGCUUCAACAGCUUCACCACGGCCAACAGCCAGGGCAUGGCCCCGACGGCCAACUACUACAACACCUACGCUGGCGGCUACGGCGGAAUGCCUCGCCCAGUGCUGCAUCCUCUCGAGCAUGCGAGGAAGGUGUGA